AUGGUCUUCGGCUUAGGUAAACACGACAACAACAACAACAACAACAACAACAACAGCAACUCCGACGGGUCUGGUAACAACAACAACUCCGACUCUUACGGGUCUGGUAACAACAAUUCCGACUCUUACGGUUCUGGUAACAACAAUUCCGACUCUUACGGUUCUGGUAACAACAAC